UCCACAGGAGGACACAUGUUCACAGCUCAGGAGUGAACCUCCUGAUAAGGUUUCACUCCGUCCCCGGUGGCCAAGACGAGAGUCGCUGGCACGACACAAAAACUCCAGGACUUCAGUCUGGUGGGGAAAAUCGUCUCCUGCGGGAACUUUGCCGGAGCUAAUCGACCUCCUGUGUUUUACACGUCAAGUUUUGGUUAGCCAUGUCGGUGGCAAGUGGUGCCUCAUCCAACAAGAGGAAGAAGGCCAACAAGAUCAUCACAGACUUUACCAACAUCAGCCAGAAUGAUGACGAGUCUGACCCCGAAGCCUCAGAGCUGGACCUGGGCACCAAGAUCAAGACCCCCAAAGAUGUGAUGCUUGAGGAGCUCUCGCUACUCACCAACAAAGGCUCCAAGAUGUUCCACAAGAGGCAGCAGCGGGUCGACAAGUUCAUCACGACCAACGAGAAUAUGCAGAACCUGCAGAACCUUCUGAUGUCACCUCCUCCUGUCCCUCCAAAGCCUGAGAUGCCAAAGGAAGAAGCGGCGCAGGAGGACGAGGUGGUGGACAAGGAGUCCGAGAAGGAGAGGAGGAGGAGGGAGUACGUUCGCACCUACGUGUCGCCAUGGGAACGGGCCAUGAAAGGUAACCAGGAGCUGACGGCCACCAUGAGAACCAGUAUGCCUGGACCCGGUAGAGUCCAGUUCCCUCAGUACAAGAGCUUCAACAGGACGGCGCUGCCCUUCGGCGGGGCGGAAAAGGUCUCUCGGCUGACUGUGUUUGAGCUGCCCGACCUCGGCGCCGACCUCGACGAGCUCGAGCCGCUGCCCUCCCUACAGGCCGACAUCAGCUCGCGGCCCUCGUUCAACCGCACGCCCAUCGGCUGGGUGUGCAGCGAGGACAACGCGCACAUCCACAUGGACCUGGACGCCAUCCCCUUUGAAGGAGAGACCGACGAUCUAUGAACGCGUCCGUUCGUUUGUCUGUAUUCUAACGGAAUAGCGGUUUUAAUGCAUGGCUAUGAAACGUGACUUGUUGGGGGGGGGGGAAAGGGACAACGUAGCUUCCUGCAAUUUGAGAGAGCCUUGCUUUGAUUUCGCAUAGGGUGUGCUAACAUGCUAACGUGUAACUAGUAGUGAAAAAAAACAAGCACUCUGCACUCUUAAAACGAGGUAAUUAAGCAAUAAAGUUCCCCUUUAGCGAUGUUGCCAUUGAUUCUCAUCUUACAAUGCAGUGUAAUUAAAACAAAAAACAUUAAUCCAGGGUCCAGGGUGUACCAAACCUGUCACACCAAGUCAGCUGAGAUCCAAGAUGGCCGCUGACACCAUCAACACUAAACUACAAAAUGACUUUUGUCGACCAUUUGUCUUUUACGGCCACUGACAUAAUGCCAGUUGUGGGAAGGGGGUCAUUAAACAUUGAGUUUGCAGGGGGUGGACGCAUGCCCUGGGAGCCUCUGAAAUUCUUGUUACGGCCCUGUAAAGGCCAGAAAAGCAUGGAAGUCUUUUAUGGACUACUUGCCUUCAAAGUCACAAAUCUAUUUUCAGUCUGUAUUUAGGGGUCAUAAAUCGGCAUGCUCGCAGGGUCAAAAACUGCCAUACAACCUGUAAGGUUUUUAUUUACGCCAGUCUCUGUUCUAGACAGUCCACUGUUAUUUGUCUUCAUUAAAUUCAACACAUUUGUGGUGA